GGUUUCAAUUGUAAAGAGAGGGAAGUGGACAAAUCAGAGCUGCCUUCUUUACAAUCAAAGAAGUAUGGAGCAGCUGGAUGGCUUUCCUGAUCAACUGGAGGACCUGGAUACCUAUUCAGAAUCUGUGAAAUUUGAUGCUCGUUCAAUGACAGCACUGCUUCCUCCCAAUCCUAAAAAUGGCCCUGCCCUUCAAGAGAAACUGAAGUCCUUCAAAGCUGCACUGAUUGCCCUUUAUCUCCUUGUGUUUGCAGUUCUCAUACCUAUCAUUGGAAUAGUGGCAGCUCAGCUCCUGAAGUGGGAAAUGAAGAAUUGCACAGUUGAUCCAAAUGAUAUAUCUCAAAGUCUGGGACAAAGAAAUGGCAGUGAAGCUAAAAUUAAAUUUCAAGAAUUUGUAAUGGAAAGCAUGGUCAACAUGGAGAAGAGAAUCCAAUCUAUUUCAGAUUCAGAAGCCGAUCUCAUAAAUUCAGAACACUUCCAAAAUUUCAGUGUGACAACGGAUCAAAGAUUUAAUGAUAGUCUUCUCCAGCUAAGUAACUUGGUUUCCUCAGUCCGGGAAUAUGAGAAUACAAUAGGUGAAAUCUCCAAGUCCUUAAUAAAUCUGAAUAGCACCUUACUUGAUUUGCAGCUCAAUAUAGAAACACUGAAUGGCAAAAUUCAAGAGACUACUUUGAAACAACAAGAGGAAAUCAAUAAAUUAGAAGAACGGGUACACAACACAUCAGCAGAAAUUAAGUCUCUAAAAGAAGAACAAGUUUAUGUGCAACAGGAAAUAAAAAGAGAAGUGAAAGUAUUGAAGAACAUCACUAAUGAUCUCAGACUGAAAGACUGGGAACAUUCUCAGGCAUUGAGAAAUAUCACUUUAAUUCAAGGUCCUCCUGGACCCCCAGGUGAAAAAGGUGACAGAGGUCCAAUUGGAGAGAGUGGUCAGCCUGGCAUUCCGGGUCCAAUAGGUCCUCCAGGUCUUAAAGGUGAUCGGGGGGCAACUGGCUUUCCUGGCACGAGGGGACUCCCAGGAUUUACAGGAAAGGCGGGGAGGACAGGAAUUCCUGGACAAAAAGGCCAAAAGGGAGAAAAAGGAAGUGGAAGCACAUACACUCAGUCCAAGACAGUUCGGCUGGUGGGCGGUAGUGGGCCUCAUGAGGGCAGGGUGGAGAUCUUCCACAACGGUCAGUGGGGCACAGUUUGUGACGAUCGAUGGGAAUUACGUGUUGGACAAGUCAUCUGCCGGAGUYUGGGAUACCAAGGCGUUCAAAGCGUGCACAAGGGAGCUCAUUUUGGACAAGGGACUGGUCCAAUAUGGCUGAACGAAGUAUUUUGUUUUGGGAGAGAGUCAUCUAUUGAAGAGUGUAAUAUCAGGCAAUGGGGUGUGAGAGUCUGUUCACACUCUGAAGACGCUGGAGUCACUUGUUCACAAUAAUGUAUUGUGUUUGCAUUCAUAUUUAUGAAAUCUUUGUUGUAAAAYGAGU